CCUCCUCCUCCUCCUCCUCCUCCUCAGUGACGGCUGCACAGCUGGCAAUUUACAGACAAUACCGCUGUAAGGAGUAAUUGGCUGCUAGAUGGACCACUGCCCUGUAAAUUGGACCAGUGUUUGACGGAGGAGAUGAAUUAGCACCAGUACUGGGAUAUUUAUUCAUCUUUUGCCUUUUGGAGGGUUUCAGCUUGUGAACUUCUGGGAUCACCAAAACAACUGAAGACCCAGCCCCUCUGCACUGGAACCGUUAUAACCUCCGCAUACUGGAAACACAAGCCGAAAUAAUGGAGAAGUCAAGACGCAGGCAACGGUUAGCAUUCAGCCUUCUGUUUGGGUUGUGGUUACCUUGCUGUUUGGCCCAGACGACGCCAUCAAACGCAGCCACUCGGACACCUACGCGGACGCCCUCGCCAUCGCCCACACCGUCCCCGUCCCCCCAGUCCCAGACCGCACGGCUAAAGGUCAGACUGUCCGGAUACCCCCGAAAACACAACGAGGGUCGGGUGGAGCUUUUCUACAAGGGGGAGUGGGGAACCAUCUGUGACGACGACUUCUCAAUACAUAACGCCAACGUGCUCUGUCGCCAACUGGGCUUUGUCUCGGCCACGGGAUGGACCCACAGCGCCAAAUACGGCAAGGGCCAAGGGAAGAUCUGGCUGGACAACGUGCAGUGCAGCGGAGGAGAGAAGAGCAUUGAGUUCUGCAAGUCGCGUGGCUGGGGCAACAGCGACUGCUCUCACGACGAGGAUGCCGGAGUCGUGUGCAAAGACGAGAGGAUCCCCGGCUUCGUGGAUUCUAAUGUUAUUGACGCUCAAGUCGAUGAGAACAAGAUAGAGGAGGUGCGUCUCCGGCCCGUGGUGGCCAUGUCCAGAAAGAAGCCGCCCAUCACGGAGGGCGUGGUGGAGGUGAAGUACAGAGACGGCUGGGCGCAGAUCUGCGACCUGGGAUGGACGAUCAAAAACACACACGUGGUCUGCGGCAUGCUGGGAUUCCCUCAUGAGAGGAAAGUCAACAAGAACUUCUACAAGUUGUAUUUGGAGCGUCAGAAGAACCUCUUCCACAUUCACUCGGUGGCGUGUUCGGGCACGGAGGUUCACCUGGCAGCCUGUCCGCUGGAGUUCAGCAAGACCAACGCCACGUCCACCUGCGAGGGCGGCAUGGCGGCCGUCGUCAGCUGCAUGCCGGGGCCGCUGUUCAUUCAGAACGCCGGCAUGAAAAAGAAACUUAAAACUUCGAGCAACGUGAGGCUGAAGGGAGGAGCCAGGGUGGGCGAGGGUCGGGUGGAGGUGCUGAAGGACAACGAGUGGGGAACCGUGUGUGACGAUCGCUGGAACCUGCAGUCGGCCGGCGUCGUCUGCAGGGAGCUCGGCUUCGGCAGCGCCAAGGAGGCGCUCACUGGAGGCCGCAUGGGACAAGGAAUGGGUCCGAUCUACAUGAACGAGGUGAAGUGCAUCGGCCACGAGAAGUCCAUCUGGAACUGCCCCUUUAAAAACAUCACAUCAGAGGACUGUCAGCACGUGGAGGAUGCUGCCGUCCGCUGCAACGUGCCCCACAUGGGACUCGAGGACUCGAUCCGACUAACGGGAGGGCGGACCCGUUACGAGGGCCGCGUGGAGGUGCUGGGCUCGGACUCUAACGGGACGCAGAGAUGGGGUCUGAUCUGUGGAGAGACCUGGAGCACCAAGGAGGCCAUAGUGGUCUGCAGGCAGCUGGGCCUGGGUUACGCUAACCAGGGCGUGCAAAUCCGGAUAGUGGGAGGCCGGACCACAUAUGAGGGCCGGGUGGAGGUUCAGGUUGGCUCCAAGUGGGGCACAGUGUGCAGCACAGGCUGGACCACAAAGGAAGCCAUGGUGGUUUGCAGGCAGCUAGGGCUCGGCUACUCCAUGCAUGCCGUGACUGAGACGUGGUACUGGGACAGCAGCAACGUGACGGAGAUGAUCAUGAGCGGCGUGAAGUGCACGGGGAACGAGAUGUCUCUGAGUCAGUGCCAGCAGCACAAAACCGUCAGCUGCCAGAAAGCGGCAGCAAAGUUUGCAGCGGGAGUCAUCUGCUCUGACACGACCUCUGACCUCGUCCUGAACGCCCCUCUGGUCCAGCAGACGGUGUACAUCGAGGACCGCCCCCUGCACAUGCUCUACUGCUCUGCCGAGGAGGAAUGCCUGUCCAAGUCUGCAGCCAAGGCCAACUGGCCCUACGGCCACCGACGCCUGCUGCGCUUCUCCUCCCAGAUCCACAACAUCGGGCGGGCUGACUUCAAGCCCAAGGCCGGGCGCCACUCGUGGGUCUGGCACGCCUGCCACGGCCACUACCACAGCAUGGAUAUUUUCACCCACUACGAUCUGCUGAACGCCAACGGGACCCGAGUGGCCGAGGGCCACAAAGCCAGCUUCUGUCUGGAGGACACAGACUGUGAGGAGGGUGUUUCUAAGCGCUACGAGUGCGCCAACUUCGGCGAUCAGGGCAUCACUGUGGGCUGCUGGGAUUUGUACCGACACGACAUCGACUGCCAGUGGAUCGACAUCACAGACGUCAAACCUGGAAACUACAUCCUGCAGAUUGUUAUCAAUCCAAAUCAGGAAGUGUCUGAAAGCGACUUCACCAACAACGCCAUGAAGUGUAACUGCAAAUAUGACGGACAUCGGAUCUGGCUCCAUAACUGCCACAUUGGUGAUGCGUUCAGCGAGGAGGCAGAGAGGAGGUUUGAGAAAUACCCCGGGCAGCUCAACAACCACAUCCCUUAAUCCAGGUUUUAAUAGAAUCACACUUCACCAGCUCAACAAGCGACACACAAACCUUUUUCUCUUCAGGUACCAAAAUGCAUUCGCCCACAUAUUAUCUGGAGUCAUGGAAGAAGCCAACAGUAUUUCCCUGAAUGCUUUUUAUAUACUUGAAUAUUCAAGUGCUAAUGUUUGUCUUUUCUCAGUCGAAUGUGAGCUAAUGCUCUAUUUUUAUUACAAUGAAUGUUCUGAAUGAUCCGAGUUAUGAAUGAGGUGUUUAUUAUGUUCUUUAAGCGAGCAGCGUUAGCACAUUUUAAACUGAGGCAGUAGCUGGAACAGAUGCAGCUCUGUGGGAGUCUUACUGGUCUUCAUGGGUAUCAGACCGUCCCAUUGCCUCAGAUCACAACAGUUCAUAUUAGCUGCACCAUUCGCUCUGGGUUGAAGGUUUUCACAUCAGUUGCUGGUCAGUUUUCUGCCAUCUUGCUCACAGAAAUGGUUUUGGAGUUACUAUAUUUUGUGAAUGUAUUUAUUGCUAAAAUCGAGGUGCUCGUCAAUUUUCUUUGGGACCAGUUUGAAGCCGUCUGUAGCUUUAGUCUGUGUAUUUCUAUUAAUAGUCAUUUAGGGUCAGAACUUAGAUGUUAUCGGGCAAAACAAACUACAAAUAUCCUCAAGAAUGUCUGUGUGUGCGCGCUGAUGUAAUCUCACCGCUGCACCCAAUAAAGAGGAGGAACGAUAAUGAUGAUGCAUCCGAGAGGCUUAUUUUAAUAGAAACUGUGUGAAGUCACAUCCUUGCAGGUUUAGGGAUGUGGCUCUCAACAUUUUGGCCUUGUGACCCCUCGUGACCUCUUGUGACCCCUCGUGACCUCUUGUGACCCCUUGUGACCUCUCGUGACACCUCGUGACCAGUUCAAACCAUCAGGUUUUCACAGACGAGGAGAUGGUGGUUGGUUGGUGUUUGUGUUUUGGUGCAUAAAAUAAUAAACACAGUAAGAGGAAAUAUAAAUAUCAGUAAGUACUGCAACCGUCCAGAAACAUAAAUAUAGAAUAGAUAAAUGGACAGUAAAAACAUGUAAAUAUGUACAAUAUAUCUGAUUACGUCUUUGUUUCAUUUGAAUCAUCCAGAACCUGAAAGAAAGAAAAACAGAAUAAAGCAAAGUGUGAAAUACAUAAUUUGGGGUUCCAAAAAUAUCUUCUUUUUUUUUACCAUGACAACAAUCUCUCUAAUCCUAAAUUACACUUUUUAUUUCUAUUUUUAGGAUUAAGCGAACUAGAACAAUGCAUUUUUCUUGCUGUUCCAAUAAGACCAAUAUUGACCUUGUUACAGUUGACAUUUGAUCGAUGAGCAGUUUGGGGAAAUGUUUCUGGUGUUUUUGGAGUCGUAAAAAGAUUUGCUGUUUAAAUCCGUCUGAGGAUGAAUUGACCCCGUUGGGCUGAAUAGAUACUCACUGGAUUUUAUUUUUUAACUUCUCUUUCAGAAACAAUGGUUGAGAGAUGCACCUCUAAAUGAGUGAGAGCAUCUUUACACUGAAUGGAAGCUGGAUGUAGUGACCGGCUGCUAAUCUGAGCGUUCAUCUCAAUCUACUCUGUCGUGCUACUUGUAAUCCCAGCCUUCACUGCCACGGUUGAACAAUCCCGUUAACCUGAGUUACCGAUCACAUUAACUGCGUGCGCUGCAUUAUGGCAGCUCGGGUCACAUCCUGUGAUGUUGACCACUACAGUCAGUCCACAGAGGGAGUCCUCACAGCGAUGAAUGCUCAGAAUAAAACCACUGGAACACACACACAAACCCUGAUUAUCUUUCAGACAAUUACUUUCCAUUAAUAUGUACAUUAUUCUACUAAGCAAUUCAUUUCUUAUUUUAUCCAAAGUAACAUUUUCAAACAUCUACGGAAAAAUAGUCAGUUUAAAAUGGAGAAAAAGCAGAAAAUCCUCACAUUGAGGAAACUGAAACCAGAGAAAGAUUGUAAUUUAUGUCUAAAAAUGACUUCAAAAUGAUUCAAUAAUUAUAAAACAAUAGAUAAAUUGUCUGUCAAUGAACAUAUUUGAGCUCAACUCCACACACUCGAUUAUAACUGAUUAUGUUUUUAAAGAGGAGAAACAGAUGAAGAAUUUAAAAUUGUCUUUAAUGACAAGAUUAUUGUACGUUGUUUGUUUGUAAAAUGAGUGUAGGUGUAUAUUUUCUUUACUCUUAUUUACUCUGUUAAUGUGGCACGAUCACUGCAGGUGUGUAUCUUCAGAGUAUCACCUGAGUUCAGAGGCCAUGUUUAUUUCUGCUCCUCACACUAAAGCCGCGGCAGGUUUCCUGACUUUCUUCAUGCCAUCAACCUGCACGCCCGGCCUGACGGAAGAGGAUUAACGGGGUUCAGCAGCACGUUGUCACACAUGAGAAGCUUAAUGCCUGAAACACCGUAAACACUGAGGGGAGCUGCUCACAGCGACCCCUAGAGGGCUGCAGCUGCAUGUGCAGGACCAAAGUGAUGGUGUAAACACACUCAUUAGACUCCAGAGCAACACCACGUCUAUUUAAAUGCGUUACUGGUAUUGUGACCUCUUUAAUAAAGGGAAUGACCUCACAUGAACUCAUAUAAAUUCAACCCCAGAGUGAUUUUUAAAUUGUGUCAUUUGAAGGAUGGUUAUCGGUCGUAAGAGGGGAACUUUACCGUAGAAUGUUACCGUAGUCUUUAGGAAAUACUGAUGACACAAUAUCCUGACAUUUUAUAGAAUUAGAGAUUAAUCGCAUAUUAAUGUAAACCUACUCACUACAGUAGGAUGAUGAAGAUCAUAAAGGAUUUGCUGUAUUUAUUCUCAGCAAUCAUCAUUGAAUGCAGUGUUUCUGGUUAUUCCUGUCACACAACAUUGUUUAAUAGCUUGCUGGUAGCUAAUUAGGUCUCUCUCUCUC